AUGGGCCUUACUUCAUUGCAAGUUUGCAUGGAUUCUAGUGAUCAUUGGCUGCAGGGCACGAUUAACGAGGAGUCUGGAAUGGAUUCUUCUUCACCAUCUGGGGAUGUGCUCACUUGUUCAAGGCCCUUGAUUGAAAGGAGGCUUAGGCCCCCACAUGACCAAGCUCUCAAGUGUCCCAGGUGUGACUCCACACACACCAAAUUUUGUUACUACAACAACUACAGCCUCUCUCAGCCAAGGUACUUUUGCAAGACUUGCAGGAGGUACUGGACCAAAGGAGGCACCCUAAGGAACAUCCCUGUGGGUGGUGGGUGUAGAAAGAACAAGAAAGUGUCUAAGAAAUCAAAUGAUCAAUCAGUUAACCAAAUUAACCCUGGACCCUCAUCCGCUCAUAAUCCUACUGAUCUUCACCUUUCAUUUCCUGAGGUGCAACUUUCACACCUUAAUAACAUACUUGGGUCUCAAGGAGCACAUGUAAACCCUAACUUCAUGGAGAGCAAGUAUAAUAUCGGCAUGCUAGAAAACCCUAGGCCUAUAGAUUUUAUGGAUAGUAAAUUAGAAGCUCUAGUGGGGAGUUCUAGGAAUUAUGAUUUCAUGGGCAAUGGCGACUUGGGUAUGGUUAGUGGGCUCGGAGAUAUGAGUCAUCAUCAUGGGUUAGCACCAAAUUUUAGUGGCCUUUGCUCUCCAUUUGGGAUGUCCCUUGAUGGAAAUACUGGCACUUUCAUGGAAACUUGCCAAAGGUUAAUGCUUCCUUAUGACCAAGGAAAUGAUCAUGAUCAGAAUCCAAUUGAUGUGAAGCCAAACCCAAAGCUCUUGUCCAUUGAUUGGCAAGACCAAGGUUGCUCUGAUGGUGGGAAGGACACAUUUGGAUACCUGAACAAUUUGGGAUCAUGGACAGGCAUGAUGAAUGGUUAUGGAUCAUCCACGACCAAUACUUUAUUGUAA